AAUUAGAGAAAGGAUGAGUGCCGACACUCCAGAGAAGCCUGCGAGUUUUGAUGAAAGUAUAUCACCUCUGAAAGACACAUCCAAAUCUCCUGCUAGUGACAAGGGGGGAAGUGAUCACAUAAACGAACAGUCAGGGCAUUCGGAAUCGGAGAGUGACACUAGCCCUGAAAAAUCCUUGUCAUCUCAUAGCAUACCUGGCCCAUCAACCUCCAGUGGCAGUCAAAGGGAGAGAAAAACAAGUGGUUCAAGUAAAGCUGCCAGUGAAUCUCCUGACAGAAAACGAAAAUAUGAACCAACAGAAGAAGAAAUGAGAGUCUAUCGACACAAAAAAGAAAAACAGGAAGAAGAAAGAUUGAAAAUGCAAGUAUUGGUUUCAAACUUUACAGAAGAACAACUUAACCGCUAUGAAAUGUACAGGAGAGCCGCCUUUCCAAAGGCCGCUGUAAAGAGGCUGAUGCAGUCCAUUACAAGAUCAGGGGUAGCCCAGAAUGUUGUGAUCGCCAUGUCAGGCAUUGCUAAGGUUUUUGUUGGGGAGGUAGUUGAGGAAGCUCUUGAUGUGAUGAAACAGUGGGGAGAGUCAGGGCCUAUCCAGCCCAAACACCUUCGUGAGUCUGUCAGACGCCUCAAGAGCGCAAGAAACAUUCCCAACACAAAGACAAAAACAACCUUACUCAAUGGUUGAUGGAGGGAAACUGAACAAUUCACAAAACAAAUGUCUCCAGCUAUCAAGCCACACUGUCAAGCAAGCAAUUCAACAGUGGAGUAUCAGUUAAGGCAUACAAGAAUUAUGCCCUUGUUUAGUCAAGUUCGAAGAUGUGAUACUUUCAGGAGGAAAACAUGUUGGAACUUUCAAUAGUGUUGCUGGCCUUCAGGUGCUACAGCUUGUCAGUAAACAGACCAGUAAGAGCCAGCAGUACAAGUCAUCACAAAUGGUCAUUAUUGUAACUUUUUAUCAUAAAAGACAGAUUCACAGAAAUGAGUAAAAUUGGUAGAAAUAUAAAUCUUGUUUCCUACUUUGUUUCUUUAAAAAAAAGAGUGAAACUUUCCAUGUUUAUGGUUUGUAGGUGAUUUGUUGAAUUCAUAAUAAUUUUCAGACUUUAAGAUAAAUCACGACAUAGAAUGUUUAAUAACUUCAGACAUAUGGAUUUAAAUUUGUUUUAAUUACUGUAGAAGAAAAGUCUCGUUACAAUUAAGAAACUUUGAUCUUGUGAAAAUAGAAAUAAAACAAUUUAAUGACUGUCUGACCUUUAAUGUGAUUGAUUUCAUAUGAAACAUUCAGAAUAAAUGCUUUUACUUUCUA